GCCGCAGGAUCGAGGUCCCGCCGAGCUCUCCCCUGAAUUUUCUCCUGGAGGUCAGGAAAUGCGGCUUUGCCUGGCCCCGCGCAGCCACCGUAGAGUCCCCGUUGCCAUGGCUCCUAGAUUCAGAAGCAGAUGCUCGGAGCUCUGAGGCCCGGGUCUGACCUCCGGGAGCAGCGAACCCAAGAGGUGCCAUGGGCCGGAUCACAGAAGACCUUAUUAGGAGGAAUGCUGAACACAAUGACUGUGUAAUUUUUUCCCUGGAGGAACUCUCCUUGCAUCAGCAAGAAAUAGAAAGACUGGAACAUAUUGACAAAUGGUGCCGGGAUUUAAAAAUUCUCUAUCUUCAAAAUAACCUUAUUGGAAAAAUUGAAAAUGUUAGCAAACUCAAGAAACUUGAAUAUUUGAAUUUAGCUCUAAACAACAUUGAAAAAAUUGAAAAUUUGGAAGGAUGUGAAGGGCUGACAAAACUUGACCUGACUGUGAAUUUCAUCGGAGAGCUGAGCAGCAUUAAGAGCCUGACGCACAACAUCCACCUGAAGGAGCUCUUUCUCAUGGGUAACCCAUGUGCUGACUUCCAUGGCUACAGGCACUUCGUGGUAGCCACGCUUCAGCAGUUAAAGUGGCUGGAUGGUAAAGAAAUAGAUCGUUCAGAGAGGAUUCAGGCUCUGCAGAACUAUUCAGUAGUCGAAGAGCAAAUCAGAGAGCAGGAAAAAGCUUACCACCUCAGGAGAGCCAGAGAGAAAGAAGAGGCUCUGAGGAAAGUUGCAGAACAGUGUGACAGCAAGGACGAGAAGAGAAGGAGCAGCCCGGGCUGUGAUGGGCGCCAGUACCCAGACACCCACACUGCACCCUCGUCUUCUUUAGAGAGCAAAGACCACAUCCAGGUACCAGAAAUACAAGAUGAAGCACAUGAUACAAAGAAGUUAAAUCAAAGUGAAGAUGACCUGGAAUUCUGGAACAAACCCUCUUUGUUUACUCCUGAAUCUAGAUUGGAAACUCUUAGACAUAUGGAAAAACAACGGAAAGAACAAGAAAAAUUAAGUGAAAAAAAGAAGGACGUGAAGCCACCUCGGACUUUGGUCACUGAAUCCGGGAAGGCCCUGAAUGUCAAUGAGCCCAAGCUUGACUUCCUUCUGAAAGAUGAUGAAAAACAUAACCAGAUCAUCCUCGACCUGGCUGUCUAUAGGUACAUGGAUACCUCUUUAAUUGAGGUUGACGUGCAGCCAAUGUAUGUACGAGUAAUGGUGAAAGGAAAGCCCUUUCAGCUAGUCCUUCCUGCAGAAGUCAAGCCCGACAGCAGCUCUGCUAAAAGAUCACAGACGACAGGACAUUUGGUGGUCUCCAUGCCCAAGGUAGAAGAAGUAAUCACAGGCAGCCGACAAAUAUCCAAGUCUGUGAAGACCACCUCGGAUAGCAGCAGAGAGCAGACACACACCAGAUGCAAGCAAAUUGAGAAACUAGAAGUCAAUCCUAGCAAGUAUUCAUUCCCUGAUGUGACAUCUAUAGUUCAAGAGAAGAAGUGCACAUCUAAAAGACUGGGAUCUGAACCCCAAACUGCACCAAGUGAGGAAGACCCAGAUUUUGAAGAUAACCCUGAAGUGCCUCCACUUAUCUGAAUCAUGAGGCUGCAGUGUCAUUGGUUUUGAACUGCCAGGCCCCAUUUUACUCAAUUCAGAGAGCAGAGCAUGACAUUUACAGGACAAACAGAUUUGUCAUUGUUACCACGCUAAUGCCUUAACUCCUGCUUUGUAUAGUAAUAUUCCUAAGUGAG